CAGGUUUCCUGAAGCUCCUCGGGGCGGCGCACGGCGGCCGGCGGCGGGCGGUGACCCGCCGUCUGCUCGCAGCGAGCGGGACGGCCGGGAAGGAGGCGCGGCCGAACACCAUGGUCCCGCUGGAGAAGCCGGGCGGCGGGGGAUGCUCCUCGGGCGCGGCCUCGGGCUCGGGCGCGGCCGGCGGGAGUCCGAGCGCGCCUUCCCGGCCGGUGGCGGCGCAGGCCCGCGGGCUGCUGACGGAGGUCCGCGCCGCCGUGCGCACCCGGCCCUUCCGGGACGUGUACCGCCUGAGCGCGGGCCGCGAGCUGGGCAGGGGGAAAUUUGCAGUGGUGAGGAAAUGUAUAAAGAAGGAUUCUGGAAAAGAAUUCGCAGCAAAGUUCAUGAGAAAAAGAAGAAAAGGUCAAGACUGUCGAAUGGAAAUAAUUCAUGAGAUUGCUGUACUUGAACUAGCACAGGACAAUCCUUGGGUCAUUAAUUUACAUGAAGUUUAUGAGACUUCAUCAGAAAUGAUCUUAGUUCUGGAAUUUGCUGCUGGGGGUGAAAUCUUUGACCAGUGUGUUGCAGACAGAGAAGAAGCCUUUAAAGAAAAAGAUGUUCAAAGACUCAUGCGACAGAUUUUAGAAGGUGUUCACUUUUUACACACUCAUAAUGUAGUUCAUCUUGAUUUGAAGCCUCAGAAUAUUCUGCUGACAAGUGAAUCUCCAUUGGGUGACAUUAAAAUAGUUGAUUUUGGCCUUUCGAGAGUAAUGAAGAGCAAUGAAGAGCUCCGAGAAAUCAUGGGUACUCCUGAAUAUGUGGCUCCUGAAAUUCUUAGUUAUGAUCCUAUCAGCAUGGCAACAGAUAUGUGGAGCAUUGGCGUGUUAACAUAUGUCAUGCUUACAGGAGUAUCACCUUUCUUAGGCAAUAAUAAACAAGAAACAUUCUUGAACAUCUCACAGAUGGAUUUAAGUUAUUCUGAGGAAGAAUUUGAUGUUGUGUCUGAGUCAGCUAUUGACUUCAUCAAGACGCUUUUAGUUAGGAAACCCAAAGAUCGAGCCACCGCUGAAGAAUGUCUAAAACAUCCGUGGUUGACACAGAGCUGUAUUCAAGACCCUUCUUUCAGGGUGAAAGGGGCAUUAGAAGAAGCAGAUGCCCUCCAAGAAGAUGAUUCUGUGUGUGAAAUCAAUUCAGAUACUGAGAAACCGGAAACCAAGGAAUCAUCUGUAACAGAGGAGUUGAUUGUAGUUACUUCGUAUACUUUAGGACAAUGCAGACAGUCUGAAAAAGAGAAAAUAGAGAAAAAGGCUAUUUCCAAGCGAUUUAAAUUUGAGGAACCUUUGCUACAAGAAAUUCCAGGAGAAUUUAUCUACUGAGUAUUUCCCUUUAGAACUUUAGGAUUUCUACAUUGGAAAUGUUAAUAUUAUUUAUGGACCUCUGACCAAAUGGUACAUGCACUGAAAGUGGAUAACCAGGUAUCACUGACACAAACAAAAAUAACUUUGUCAAACUUGUGGAGUUAAGGUAAAUCAAGCCAGAUUUAUAAAACUGCCAACCAGGAGGUUUAACAGGUAAAGUUAUUUGUUUCAAUAUUAUUUUUAAGAAGGGAGAUGUUUCCACCUUUUGUUUGUUUGUUUCCACCUUUUAAUUCUACA